UCAACCAAGAUCUCAAGAUCACCCUACACAACUCCUCAACAAUACAUCCCAAAGAGCAAACAGAGAGAAGAUCCUUGUUCUUAUCAAACAUAGACCAACUCCUAAACUUCCAUGUCAAAACCGUCACAUUUUUCUCGGCCAAGCCGGGAUAUACUCUGGAUUUAGUCAUGGAAAUGAUUCGGUCGGGGAUGGAGAAAGCUCUCGUUCAUUAUGAUUUUCUUGCAGGGAGAUUGAAGUAUGAUGAGAAGGGGAGGCAGGAGAUCGACUGUGACGGUGCAGGGGUGAGCUAUGUCAUGGCGUCGAGCGAGCUCAAGUUAGAAGACCUUGGCGAGUUAUAUCCGAAUCCUGCGUUCUUGCAGCUUAUUCCGAUGCCGGAGCUUACUCAUGAGCUUGAAGAAAGGCCCCUUUUCGCGAUUCAGGCUACAUUAUUCAAAUGUGGUAGCUAUGCAUUUGGCGUCUCACUGAACCAUGCUGCAAUGGACGGAGUCGGCUUCCUAACUUUCUUUCUAAACCUUGCCUGCCUCAUCUCCAACCAACGUUUAGCUAUAACACCUUACACCAAUCGCGAGCUCUUAGCCGCCAGAUCUCCUCCACGUGUCACAUUCUCACAUCCUGAAUACGUGAAAUUAGAAGAAAUAGUCAAAAUGCUACCAACGCGCAAAUCUCCUCCCGAAGACCAUGAAUUCAAACAAUUCCACUUGAGCUCCAAAGACAUUUCUACCCUAAAAGAGAAGGCAAGGGCUGGGAAUACAUUAGAUCCGAAGAUAAUUACCAAUUUCAAUGUAGUGGCUGCUUAUAUUUGGAAAUGCAAGUCUCUCGCCACCUACGGACCUGAUGAAAAUAAAACGUCCACUCUGCUUUACGCAGUGGACAUCAGACGCAAAAUCCAACCGAACCUCCCCUCAUCAUACGCGGGGAAUGGUGUAUUUUACGCAUAUGCAAAAGCGACGUGCAGAGAUCUUGAUACGAGUCCAUUUCCGAAUAUAGUGAAAAUGGUUAGCGAGGGCGUCGCGAGAAUAACCGAUGAAUACAUUCGAUCAGCGAUAGACUCAUGCCAAGUAAGUGUAAGGUUUCCGAUCGGCGAUGUUAUUGUGACAUCUUGGUGGAAGCUAGAUUUUGGAGAGAUGGAGUUCGAAUGGGGCAAGCCCAAGUAUUUCUGCCCCGUGCCGGAUCCAAAAACAAAAGUUGUUAUGUUGUCUCCAGGGGUUGAUAAAGGAGUUGGUGUGCUUAUCAGGCUUCCAAGUAGUAAGAUGGAAAAGUUUUGUAGUUUGUUUUACAAGGAUUUUGGUCCUUCUCAAUCUCGUCUUUAGAUGAAAUUGUAGAUCAUAUUUGAUGUUAUGGAGUGCUGUUAUUAGUCGUGUUGCUUAUUUCCUACGUUUAUGGUGU